AUGUGUAAUAAAGCCAUAAUACGUCAGUCCACAGCCAUCCCAAGCUCCAGGACACACUACAUCGUUUUCCGUGUUUAUGAAGCCACACUAUGUCUCAGCUCCGUUCUCCCAUCAUGGUUGUACGGCUGGCCCAAUAAACCCGGAUACAAGAAGUACACAGAGGCCCUCAAGCCAAGACGUAUCUACAGCUUGGCCAGAGCGGUGCUGGAGAUGCUGAAAUACCUGCAGUACGGAAGGCUUUACUUCAGGUGGAAAUCUUGGUAUAAAGAUGUGGAAAAUAGUAAACAUUAUGAAAAGGGCAUCUCUUUCGGGCGCAGAGGAAACAAGCUGGACUUAUACUACUCCCCAAAGAUGGAAAAGGCCAAAGUCCCUGGGGUGGUCUUCAUCUACGGCGGGGCCUGGGGCUCCGGAGACCGAGCCAUUUACUGUUUACUCGCCAGAAACAUGGCCAAAGAACUGAACGCCACCGUGGUCUGCCCCGACUACAGCACUUACCCCAUGAGCAAUGUGUUGGGGAUGAUCCAAGACAUCGCAGACUGUUUACUCUGGGCAAAGGAGAGCGGCAGGAAAUUCAACUUUGAUCACAACAAUAUAGUGUUGAUCGGUCACUCGGCGGGGGCUCACCUGGGCACGCUGACCGUACUGUUUCUGCUGGACACAAGAGAAGAACUGUUUAUUGAGAGGAACAAACAGGAAGACAUUGCUGCGUCUAUAAAAGGAGUCAUAGGUCUCAGCGGAGUCUACAACAUCCCGGAUCAUUACGAACACGAGGAGAUGAGGGGGAUCGAGUACGUCUCCACGAUGCACAAAGCCAUGAACGGGGUCCAGAACUUUCCAUACUACUCACCAACGCACGUCCUCAACACGCUUGGAGAAGAUCAAAUCAGAAGACUUCCUCCGUUUGCGCUGCUUCACGGCGCCAACGACAUCAUCGUUCCGUCCACGUCUUCCGCCAAGUUCUCGGCGCUCUUGACGGCGCUGUCUCGGCCCGUGUCCCUGUACCUGCUGCCGGGAGUGGACCACACGGAAAUGGUCACCGCCAUCAUGGCCCCGGAAAGAGCCUUCUACCACAGCAUCUACACCUGCAUCAAACAGGAGUACGCCAAGCUGUGUUAA